AUGAGUCAAUUUCCCGAGCUUUUAUUAGACCAUACUAAUGUAUCUGUCCAGUCAGAUGCUUUUAUUCAGCAAACAAACCAGACAACUACGGUUGAUAAUCGAGAAAUUACUAACAGAUGCUCCAAGGAACCAGAUUUUACCGGGAGUCGUCAUUUUAUGAAAGUGGAAAGUUCUGGACCGUCAAAUAAACCUGUCGGCUACAUUAUAAGCCAACUUACGUUUGAAAAUUUUGUCGGCGGUAUGGAUAAACCGGUGAUGCAAACAUUAGCCAAUGAAACUUUUAACAGAGACGAUAACGGCAAAUUCAAAGGAAAAGAGGAACUUGCCCGUAUGACUACAGAAGAACUAAACGACUAUGCAAGAUUUAUUACAAACUAUUUAAACAAUUUUGUUAUAUGA